AUGCCAAAACCGACCGGUUCUGAGAUCCGGCAGCAGGGGCGUGCGCGCUGCUACAGCAAUGCUGUUGCGGUGCGCGACCUGGUCCUGGGCAAAGCCGUCGAAUCAUCGAAUCGAGCUGCAGGCGCUCUCCCGGGCUCGCCGUGGACGCCGCGCAAGCCCGGGACUGUGCAGUGGCUGGCGGCUCUUGUGAAGCUGACUCGAGGCGAUGGACGCCUUGUGUUGCGGGUCCCAGCGCUGGUCCGAGGGGCGUGCGCGCUGCUACAGCAAUGCUGCUCGGAGACACAGGCUGUUGCGGUGCGCGACCUGGUCCUGGGCAAAGCCGUCGAAUCAUCGAAUCGAGCUGCAGGCGCUCUCCCGGGCUCUUUGGUGGCCGUGGACGCCGCGCAAGUCGCUGUUGCGCUUCUGGGACAGUGCAGUGGCUGGCAGCUCUUGUGA